AUGGUUCGAGAACAAUGGAGUCGAGAAGUUGAGUAUAUUCUUGCAUGUGUCGGGAAUGCUGUAGGACUGGGAAAUUUAUGGAGAUUUCCUUAUUUGUGUAGCAGUAGCGGAGGAGGAGCUUUCCUAAUUCCUUACUUUGUUAUGUUGUUUCUUUGUGGCAUCCCUCUCUUGUACAUGGAGCUGGCUGUUGGUCAAUAUACUAAUCAGGGUCCAGUUUGUGCCAUUAAAUCUCUUUGUCCAUUUUUUCAAGGUGUUGGUUUGUCUACAGUUAUGUUGAGUUUUUUCCUGGCAACAUAUUAUAACGUUAUACUAUCAUGGGCACUGUAUUUUUUGAUUGAAUCAUUUCAAACUCCACUGCCUUGGUCUUCUUGCAAUAACUGGUGGAAUGACAUUUCUACAUGUGCUGUCUAUAAAUAUAAUGAUACGGGUGAAUUCAAUAAUGCGAGCUUCAUUAAAGACAAUGUUACAAAGGAAUCACCCUCUGCACAAUUUUUUAGGAAAAAAAUCUUGAAACAAUCAUCUGGUAUUGAUGUACCUGAAACAAUACAGUGGGAACUUGCAUUGUUGUUACUUUCAAUAUGGAUCUUGGUUUAUCUUUGCCUUUUCAAAGGGGUCCAAUUAACUGGAAAGGUGGUUUACUUUACCGCCACAUUUCCUUAUUUAAUCAUAUUGAUGAUGAUGGGUUACGGAGUUACUCUUCCAGGAUCCAAAGAUGGAAUCUUGUACUUCAUCACACCCAAUUGGCAAAAAAUUUUAUCUCCAAAAGUAUGGGUCAAUGCUGCAGCUCAAAAUUUUAAUUCCAUUGGAAUUGCCUUUGGCUCCAUGAUUGCGUUUGCAAGCUACAGCAAUAAAAAGAAUAACGUUUUCAGGGACUGUUUAUUUGUGUGUUUUUUAAACUCGGGUACAAGUUUGCUGUCAGGGUUUGCCAUAUUUUCCAUUUUAGGAUUUGUUUCAAACAAACUGAAUAUUGAUAUUGAAGAACUGGCCAAAGAAGGUCCCAGUUUAGUUUUUCAAAUUUAUCCAGAAGCUUUCAUUCCAAUGACCUAUCCAUGGGGCAACAUCAUGGCUUUCUUCUUUUUUUUUAAUCUCAUCUGUCUCGGUAUAGACAGCCAAUUUGCAUCCGUUGAAGUUGUUUUGACAACCCUGAAAGAUCACAUAAAAAAGCCAUAUCACAGAAUAUUGAAAAGAAGAGAAGUAGUCACAUUAGUCGUUUGUGUUGUGGCAUAUUUUCUUGGAUUGCCUAACAUUACCCACGGUGGGAUAUACUUUUUCAAACUCAUUGAUUAUUAUUCAUCUGGAAUUUCAUUAAUGCUAAUUGCAUUCUUCGAAGUUGUGGCUAUUAACUGGUUUUACGGAGCCAACAGACUGUCGAAAAACAUCGCGAGUAUGAAUGGUAAGGAACCUCUAUUCUACUUCAAAUGUUGUUGGUACGUUGUCUCUCCCGCUCUCAUUCUUUUCAUAAUGGUAUUUAACUGGUCCAAUUAUUCUCCGAUAAAUUACGGUUCGUACAUCUUUCCUGUCUGGGCUGAUAUUUUAGGCUGGUUCAUUGCGUUCCUCUCACUUGUUUGCAUUCCUGUUGGCAUGGUCAAGGCAAUUUAUCAAUCCGAUGGUUCAUCAUUCAUUUCCGUUAGUAAUCAAUGUUUAUUCUUAUUCUGUUUGUUAUAA